AUCGUUCGGCACUUGAUGGACAGCUACGACAGCAGAAAGGCAGAAGAAAAGGGUCUACUUGGGAGAAAGGAGAUACCUGCAGGCAAGAAAACAAGCGCCAGUGCCCGUUGCCUCUGUACACAAACAAACAUCCAGGCAGAUUUCUCAUGCCGGCUGCCUCUAGCUAGCUCGCCUACUUAGGUUGGUUUUGUAUAUCUAUAUAUCUAUAUUUGGAAAGACCUUUGGAAGGUUUAAUUUUUGUAAUUUUUUAAAUUAUUCAUAUUAUUACCCUUCUCCUGAGCCAUCCACAGAGAAAUUGCCCCUUUCUGGGGAGGAAAAUAGACUAGAGAAACAAAACAGACCUCUCUUGGCAACAGUUUCUCUUUUUCGUCGUUGAUUUUGUUGGAGUGAUGGGCUUGGGGAAGGGGCCAAAAUGAAGGAUCUCCGGUUUGGACGGACCUGAAGCUUCCCUGGCCCCCCCAAGAGCCAACUCCCCCAGGGGGGAGAGGCAACCAGGAAAGAAAACCCCGGAGAAAAACCGUCCGAGUGUCCGAUGGCACAAAGGUACGAUGAAUUGGUACAUUACGCCGGAAUGGAUGGGGUCUCUCUGCCGGGAUUUGGAGACCCACAUACGGGCAGGGGUCUGCAGCAUCCCGCCUUGAGUCAGGGGUCCCCGUAUGGAUCCGCUGGGGUUAACCACCGGCCCGGGAUUCCCCCAGGGCUUGGCACCAAUGACGCCCUGAAGAGAGAGAAGGAUGAAAUCUAUGGGCACCCUCUGUUCCCGCUGCUGGCCCUGGUCUUUGAGAAAUGUGAGCUGGCGACUUGCUCUCCCAGGGAUACUUCUGGCUCCUAUCCAGGAGGAGAUGUCUGCUCAUCGGAUUCCUUCAAUGAAGACAUUGCCGUCUUUGCUAAGCAGGUUAGGACAGAAAAACCUCUAUUUUCUUCCAAUCCUGAGCUGGAUAAUUUGAUGAUCCAAGCUAUUCAAGUUCUGAGGUUCCACCUUCUGGAAUUAGAGAAGGUACACGACCUUUGUGACAAUUUCUGCCAUCGCUACAUUACCUGCCUUAAGGGGAAGAUGCCUAUCGACCUGGUUAUCGAUGACAGAGAUGGCAGUUCCAAGUCAGAUCUCGAGGAUUUUGGCGGCUCCUGCGCCAGCCUCUCCGACCAGAACAAUUCCUGGAUUCGGGACCACGAUGAGACGGGUUCCACGCAUUCCGGAACGCCGGGGCCCUCCAGUGGUGGGAUCGCCUCUCAAAGUGGAGAUAACUCUAGCGAGCAAGGAGACUGCCUAGAUAACAGUGUGGCCUCCCCCAGCACGGGAGACGAUGACGACUUAGACCGGGACAAAAAGCGGAACAAGAAACGAGGGAUAUUUCCCAAAGUGGCCACAAACAUUAUGCGCGCGUGGCUAUUCCAACACUUAUCGCACCCCUAUCCCUCCGAAGAGCAGAAGAAGCAGCUGGCUCAGGACACGGGACUGACUAUCUUGCAAGUGAAUAACUGGUUUAUCAACGCCAGGCGGCGCAUAGUGCAGCCCAUGAUUGACCAGUCAAAUCGUACAGGUCAGGGCGCGCCGUACAGCCCUGACGGGCAGCCGAUGGGAGGCUAUGUCAUGGACGGGCAGCAGCACAUGACGAUCCGUCCCCCAGGACCGAUGGGCAUGGCGAUGGGCAUGGAAGGGCAGUGGCACUACAUGUAAUGCCCGGAACUC